AUGUUUGGGCGCUGGCUCUCUGAGCGUGAAGAUCCCGUGAUCUCUCAGAUCAACCGGAGGAUCUCCUCCGUCUCUGGACUACAGCUGCAGACCGCAGAAGAGCUCCAGAUCGCCAACUAUGGGAUCGGAGGCCAGUACGAGCCGCAUUACGACUCAAAGCUGACCAAUGACUCGGACUUUCAGCUGAGAGGAGGCCGGAUCGCUACGCUCCUAAUCUACAUGAGCGACGUGGACAUCGGCGGAGCGACGGUGUUCCCGGACGCCGGAGCGGCUCUCCGGCCGAAGACGGGCACGGCGGUGUUGUGGUUCAACCUGCUGAGGAACGGAAGUGAAGACGCCAGAACCUUACAUGCAGCGUGUCCUGUGCUUGUGGGCAGUAAAUGGGUUGCCAACAAGUGGAUCCGUGCUCAUGGGCAAGAGUUCAGAAGAAAGUGCUCUACAGUCAGAUCUGACUAGAAGUCAUGACUACGUGACGUGGAUGAAUUUGAUUUGAUUUGUUUUGUUGUUGUUUUUAAUAUCAUUUAAUGACAUUUAGUCCCCUCCCACUUUUACCGUAUCUGCUUUAAAUUAAAAACAACGUUAAGCAUUGAGACACAGACAUCAGGGUUUUCACAUAACUUUAAAACAUAACUUUAAAAGUAUUUUUUUAAAUAAAACACUUGUUGUUAAUACAAAUAAAUAAAAUAACUUUAAAGCAUAA